AUGUCAAUUUCAGCGGAAGACCUGAAAAUCAUUUUGUUGCAGCAACAGCAGCAAUUUGAAACAGCACAGCUGCGUAUGAUUGAAACCCUCACCCAAAUGUUAUCUGUGCAGCCUACGGUCGUUCAGAACAAUGGGAAGCCUUCGGCGGAUGCGAUGAUCAGUAGUGUUAAUGAGUUCAUAUUCGAUCCUGACUCAGGAUUAAUAUUCGAUGCGUGGUUCAGGCGCUAUGAAGAUGUUUUCAGGGCAGAGUUGUCAGGUCUCGAUGAUGCAUCUAAAGUUCGCCUUUUGUUACGAAAACUCGGAACGGUUGAACAUGACAGAUACAUUAACUACAUUUUGCCAAACAACGCGCAUGAUUUCAGCUUUGAUGAUACAGUUGCUCGACUCACAGCGUUGUUUGGAGACCAGUCGUCUCUUUUCAAUAACCGAUACAAUUGUCUAAAGCUAUGCAAAAAGGACAAUGACAGUCUUAUUGCUCACGCGGCGAUAGUCAAACGUGAAUGCCAGAAAUUCAAACUGAAGUCGCUCACGGAAGACCAGUUCGAGUGUUUGAUACUAGUAUGCAGUCUACAGUCCCCAAAAGACGCCGAGAUACGAACGAGAAUACUUGGUAUGUUGGAACGCGACACAGAUGUUACAUUACAAAACGCCAUUGCUGAAGCCCAAAGAAUCAUGAAUUUAAAGCACGAUACGGCUAUGGUGGAAGAUUCGAGAGCACAUUCCGCAGAUAUAUCUGUCCAGCAAAUUUCAGGAAACAACCCACCGACCGCUCAACCUAGCAGAUAUCCACAAUCCAAACCCCCAUCACCUUGCUGGCAAUGCGGAGGAUGGCAUUUUGUGAGAUGGUGUCCUUUCAGCAAACAUGUUUGUCAAAGGUGCUUUAGACGGGGGCACAAGGAGACCCACUGCAGAUUCAAAACAUCAUUUAGAUCGUCAUGUGAUACUCGAAAAGCAGGUUACCGAAGGUUCGCGACAAGAGUAAACGCUAACUAUACGGACGAUGUUAAAGAUAGAAGAAAGUUCGUCACUAUUACCAUCAACGGAAGAGUAGCGCGUCUGCAGAUUGAUACGGCUUCCGAUAUUACAGUCAUUACGGAAAACUUAUGGAAAGCUAUCGGUUCACCUGACAUUAAACCAACUAACCAUAAAGCGAAGAGCGCAUCAGGUACGAGUCUAAACUUGAUCGGUCAGAUUGAAUGUGAGUGUCGCUUUGCCAACUUCACCGCUUGGGGAACUAUUUUCGUCACAACACACAAGAAUUUGAACCUCCUUGGAUUAGACUGGAUUGAGCGAUUCAACCUCUUAGAUGUUCCCAUUAAUCAAAUCUGUGCAAGUGUACACUUACACAAACCAAAAGUCCCCAAGGCAAUGGCAAUCGAACAAAUUCGAGAGAAAUAUGCACCUGUUUUCCGUGAAGGACUUGGUAAGUGUACAAAGUUGCAAGCCUCAUUGUCCUUAAAACCCGAUGCUGUUCCUGUUUUCCGUGCAAAGCGGCCAGUACCUUACGCAGCAGUCCCAAUUGUUGACCAGGAACUUGAUCGUUUGGAGAAACUUGGGGUUAUCUAUGCAGUGAACUACUCUUCUUGGGCGGCUCCAAUUGUGGUUGUCAAGAAGCCGAACGGCCAGAUCCGAAUAUGUGCCGACUUUUCUACUGGGCUGAAUGAAGCGUUAAACACGCAUCAGUAUCCUCUGCCAGUCCCAGAUGAUUUGUUCUCGAAACUAAAUGGGGGUCAGUGUUUUGCCAAGCUAGAUCUAUCGGAUGCGUACUUACAAAUAGAAGUUGAUGAAGCUUCUAGAGAAUUACUGAU